AUGUUUAAGUAUCUUCUUCCACAAAGGAAUAUUUUUAAAUUUCAAUCUACUUUAAGACGUACAAGUUUAUUAAGAGUUAGGAACUAUGUGACAUCAUCUAAUCCAAUAGAUCUUUCAAAAUUAUCUAGAGAAGAUAUUAAAAGGUUGAGAGACUUUAGAAUUCGAGAGAAGCGUAAAUUUAAACAACAGACUAUUGUAUAUUACUUCUCUAGUAUUGCCAUAUUCUUUUUAGGGCUGACAUAUACUGCAGUCCCUCUAUACAGGGCCAUCUGUGCUCGUACUGGAUGGGGUGGCAUUCCUAUUACAGAUAAGCGUAAAUUUACAGAUGAUAAGCUGAUCCCAGUUGAAACAGGUAAACGUAUUAAAGUGACAUUUACUAGUGAAGUAUCUCAAAUAUUACCAUGGAAAUUUGUUCCUCAACAAAGAGAAGUUUAUGUUUUACCAGGGGAGACUGCACUUUCCUUUUAUAAAGCAGAAAAUAAAUCAGAUAAGGAUAUUAUUGGAAUGGCAACCUACAGUAUCACACCUGGUGAGGCCGCACCAUAUUUUAACAAGAUUCAGUGUUUUUGUUUUGAGGAACAAAAACUGGCUGCUGGCGAAGAAGUUGAUAUGCCAGUGUUUUUUUUCAUCGACCCAGAUUUUGCUAGUGACCCAAAAAUGAGAAAUAUAGAUGAUAUUAUUUUACACUACACGUUCUUUAGAGCACAUUAUGGAGAUGGAUCAGCUGUUUCUGAAGCUGUGGCUAAAGGUGAACCUAUUUCUAAGGAGGAAACAGAGAAGAUGUUAGCUAAUGCAGAACUCUUAUCUCCUAAGGUUAUUGAUACUAGAGAUCCAUCAGUAGAAAUAAAAUAA